UUUUAAUUUUAUCCAAUGACAAUAUGGAAGCCUCCAUGGCUCUCAUACAUUUCGACCUCUACUUUAUUCUCAGUCUAUCGAUUUAGAUCUAGAUCUAAGUCUUUAGUAACCAUAGGCCAUAGAUAUAGAUCUAAUUCUCUCGUCAAUCUGCUUUUAAAUGCCAUUAGAACAGAGUCUAGAUCAAUUUGGAAAUUAGAUUCUAAAACAGAUCUACAUAAUAUAAAUCAUCAUGUCCCUCUCAAAUUUGAAAUCAUUUGCAAGUUCUUGGCAAAAGCAGUCACAAUGCUCCAAAUUCAGACAUCAUCUUACAUAUCUCCGCAUGAUAAAUCCUGACCAUCCUUUUGAUCUACAAUAUAAAAAUGUCAACAGUUCUGUAAAAAUAAGGUUAACUCACUCAACACCAUCUUUAGGCUCCAGGCGAUAUUUUUCUACUAAAAAAGGACUAGAGCCAAAUGUUAAAAAGAAGAUUUUGAAAGAACAUCUUUUAGAAGCAGACGCCAAGAAAAUGGAUACAUCUUGUACUGAAGCCAUCUCAGCGAAAGAAGAUACCAUUUUUUCAGAAAUAUUGAGCAAUGUUGAAAAAACCUAUGCUAAAAACACCAUAAGGGAUUGUGAGCACCGGUUGCUCCAUUGGGGUCGAAUUUUGGCAGAGAAAAAAAAUGCCAAAGAGGAAAUAAAAUUAGAGACCAUUGUAUCGGAUUCGAUUCAUUCUGUUGUGGAGCUGGUCCUUACUCCGUCUGCUCCAGCUUACAUGAGACAUAAACUGUUAGCUUUACUUUUAAGUGAGAAAACAGACUUAAUGAUUACACAGAAGAUGCUGAGACAAACUGCACAGGAUGUGCUUAUUUUGCCUGUUAAUGUGGUAGCUGAUAUUGUUCAGGAGCUGACAUUGUGCCCUGAGACAGCAUUAAGGAAGCAAAUUAGAAUUGAGCUAGUCCAGGCCAUAGUGAACAAAAGGUGGUAUGACAUCCCAGCUAAAUAUGUUGUCUUUUUUAUGUAUCAGUUAGACAGCCUUUUUGACAUGAAAGACAUCACACAUAAGUUGAGCUCAAGAGUGCAUGAGAAUAAAAGCAUAUCAAGUGAAGACAGCAGUCAUUCUGUUGCAGAACACAUCAGUCAAGUGAUUGACGCUGAAACCUUGCCUGUAGUUAGUGUUAACUUAGAGACCAGAAUUUUGAAUCUGGUUGAUGAAUUAAAAAGCAAGGAUUUGUCUAAGGUGAUAAUCCUUCUAUCCAGAUGGAAAAACAGGAAUUUAAUGGUCCUCAAUGCAGUCUUUCAUCGAUUGUUUAUGGCCGACCUCAGUGACUUCAGUGUUGUACAGCUGAAUAAUCUGCUGUAUUCUUGUUCUGUUUUAAACUACAGGAAUGAAAGAUUUCUCGACAAAUUGACUUCUCAAAUGUCCUUAGUUCCCCUGGACUCUGUUAGCCUAGCAGCGACUGUGCUAACAUCUUUGUCUCACCUUCGAUGGAGAAAUGACAGCCUUAUGUCUGCUUGCAAGAAAUCUUUAUAUGAUGACUGGAAACUCCUAUCAGCAAAAGAUGCCAAAAACAGCUUGUUGUCUCUGGCAAACUUGGCAGAGAUGCCUUCUAAUGAUAAAGAAACUCACAGUGUUAAAGAAAUAGCAAUGGUGGCUGUUGAAGAAAAUUUCUUGCCUUUUGAAAAAGUCACCUGUGGCUGGUGCCUGGCAGUACUGAAGUCCCUUCCUUCUGAUCAGGCUAAAAAAUUGCUUCAACCAGAGUUUGUUUCAGAAGUUUUGGAAAUCUGUGAAGGCCACAUGAAACAUGCCGCUUUACAGAGGCUUGCUGUGAUCAGCUUGGCUGCUAAAUAUGAAAUUCCAAACUACAAGGGUGCUUUUCUUUCUACAGAAUUCUUCAGUUUAGCCGAGGUAACUUCUGGCUGUACAGACAAAGCUCUGACUGAGACUUUUGAGAGAGCCCUCAGCAAGUUUGCAGACAUGAAGACAUAUGUACAGAGUGGGCAAGUUAUACAAGAUGGUGUCAGGACAGAUUAUGUCAUGUGUGCCAACAAGAAUGGAGAAGUCAGGCCUAUAACUGCUAUUCAGAGUGAACAGGGCCAUGAAAAACUGUACAGGCUAGCCCUACAGUUAGUUCCCUUCCCUGGUGUCGUUGGACCUGACCAGUCGCCCACUGGCUCUUACAACAUCGCUGCUAGGCUUUUGAAACAUUUAGGCUACAUACCUAUACAUAUAACAUAUUUAGAUUUGAAGCCAAAUAUGGGUGUUCUUGAGCACAUCAAUAAGAUCACAGAGAAAAUAAAAUUGGCUGUGAAAAGUAUUGAAGAUUGAAUUCAGUUUUUAGAGUAUAUUUAUUUCUUUAUCCACUUGAAAAAUUAAUAAAGAAAUUUUGUUUUAAUGUGAA